AUGGAUGAGUCACAAAAUUCGGCUGCCCUGAUUCAUACUCCACCCGAUACACAAUUAUAUUUAUCUGUAUCAAGUGAGCCCAACAUCAAGUAUAAACCCAUGCCUGAUCCAUUAUCUAGCUCCGUACCAUUGGAUUCUCUAACCGAGGACACUAUUGAUUCAAUUGUUUCGACUACUCGACAACUUGGUAGGGAUGAUUGGAGCUUAAGUAAACGUACUUUACUCGCUUUUUUGCUUGCAAUCAACAAUAAAGUGAGCGAAAUUGAAAAAGGUGACUCGAACAAUAAAUUCAAUGAACAAACUGUGCGACAUGCGGCAAAAGUUCGGCAAUGGCUCGUGCAGAAAGAUCGUUCUGGUAACAUCAAGAAACUUGAUUGGAAUGAACUUCAAGAAACCUAUCAAAGGAUUGCAAGAGAAAAAUAUGACGGUACCGCAAAGUAUUUUGAUGUCGAAAAUGCCGAACCCUACUCUGAGUUAACUAUCGGAGGGUUACACCCCGAUGUAAACCAAUCUCGGAAAUAUAUAGCCCGUUUUCGAAGUCAUGGUUGGCAACCAAAUGAAUUAAAAAUUUAUUGGAAUGUGCAACAACUUGAAAACCUUUGUCCGAAACAUGAAACACAAGCUAAACAAGGGGAAGAAAAAGAUGAAGAAAAAACUCGUGUAAAACUCGAAAACAAUGAAGAAGUAAAGGAUGAAGUAAAGACCGAAGUAAGACAUGAAAAUCUACCACCACAUGAUCCAUCCGAUGCAGAUGUUGUACAAGACCUACGUCAGCAUCCUGUAUCCAAACGAAACAAUGCUGGAAAUAUCACCUAUGUCAAUAAAGGAAUUCAAAAUGCCGUUUUUGACAUACCAGAAGGAGCUCAAAUAAUUCUUCUUAAUUUUGCUGUAAGUUAUUCUUCGAAUAUAACUCUCGGAUUAAGGUCAACAUUUCAGAAUGAACGAUCUCCAGGCGGUGGAUAUUUGAGACAUGCAUGGGCACAAGAAGAAAUUUUACUUUACAAUUCGGAUGGUUAUCGAGCAUUGCUUGAUCUAAAAUACGGGCGCAUGGGUGGUGGCUAUGCUAUACCGGAAUUUGGGCUUGCAUAUGUUCGUGAUAUACGCAUUUUUGAUAAAAAAACUGGCAAGAUUCGUCAAGCCGAUAUGCUAGUUUCUGCAUGUUAUUGCCUUACUGGUUCACCUCAACUUUAUGCUAUUCCAAAGUCGCAAGAAGAGUGGGAAACAAAAAAUUUGGCUAAAUUUCAAGCAUUUAUAGCUGCAGCUGUUGCUAAUACAAAAGGUGAUGGAUCAAAUACUUAUCUUUUACUUGGCCCUAGAGGUACGGGUGCUUUUGGAAAUAAUGUCCCUCAGAUUGGAAACGUCUUUUGCAAAGUACUUAAAUCGAAUAUGAUGGGCUCAAAUGGUCCUAUUUCCAAAGCUUUCGAGAACAUCUGUGUAAAAAGCAAAGUUUAA